AUGCGCUUCGACAUUGCCAUUAUUAGCGCCCUCGCGGCCACAGUCCAACUUGCAACCGCCUCGCCUGAACCCGCAUGGAACGGCAAGGGCGCAGAAGCGGGUUACAAGUUCGGCGCCGUGGCCUGCUCAGCAGGAGCUCUGGUUUGCAACUCCCAGGGUAUGACCGUCGGGGCUUAUACCCUUGGAAGUGCUGCCUUCUGCUGCAGUACUGCUGCAGCUUCCGUCACUGCUUCCCAGUCCGAAGGGUGGAAGAAGGCCUGGAAUGCUGCAGCUAACAAGCUCGGCAGUGCCGCAAAGGUGGCCAAGGGUGGCGUUGCGAAAGUUGGAACUUUUGCUGCCGAGUGCACCAGCAAAGUAUGCAGAAUGGUUGCUGGCGCAAAGAAGCCCAUUCUUCCCAAGAGGUCGCUGGAGGUAAUUCGAAGGAGACGAAAUGCGAAGAGGGCUCUUGAGGCUGCCCGGAGGAGGCGAAAUGCCAGACGGUCGCUUGAGUAA